AUGGAAACUUAUUUUCCAGAAAAUCUGAAAAGACUGACCUUUCAGUCACGACAUUCCGUCAGCUGGAGCACCAGCAAGGACCGAUUCUCGGUGCUGUCGGUGCCACCCCCAUCCCACGACGUUGAGCAGAAGCACGGUGCAAUGCAAGAUGCCGUACCACCCCUACUGGUGGUCUUUGUUUGCAUCAUCGCGGCAAUUCUGGGCUUCGCGGUGGCUGGACUGCAUGACAUGAUCAAGUAUGUUGGCUGCCCGUUGGGCAUCAAUGGCUGCAAUAGUUUUUACGGCGAAGCAUUUCAAAAGAAAGGCUACAUUUUGCCUCGGGCGCUCGAGGGAUAUGUGCCGGAAGAUAUCAUUUACAUCGUGAUGGCAACGGUGUGUUUGCUGUUGAUCGGUGCGAUUGUGGACCUGGCUCCACCACUGUAUGGCAAGCAGGUUCUGGGCGGGGGAACGGUACAGUCGCUACUGGCAGUGGCGGCGGGGGUUCCGAUUCCCUUCCGAUGUGCUUUGCUGCGGGUGCUCAUCACCGCUUUGUAUUUCUUGGGUGGGGGUACCAUGGGUGGAGACGGUCCGACCAUCCAGGUGUGUACUUCCUUGUCCUGUAUGAUCGGCUGGGUCUGUGGGAUUCGAUCUCCACGAACGCAGUCGCUGCUGGCAUCUCUUGGCUUCUGCUGUGGCUUCGCCUCCAGUUUCAACGCGCCUCUGUCGGGGAUCCUCUUUGCCAUGGAGGAAUUGCAGCACGUGUCGUCACGACUCACCACCAGGGUGCUGUGCAUCAUUUUGAUUGGCUCUGUAGUCUCGACAUCAGUGAUGCGCGGCUUCCUCGGCAACAAGGUGCUGUUUCUGGCUUCGCACCCAGAUGAUCUCGAAACCAUGGUCUCGGGCGCAUCGGUGAAUCGAAUCUAUGGCCAAAGCAUGUGGAUGCUGAUUGCCCUGCCGAUCGGCUUAACGGCAGCUCUUGUGGGCUAUUGUUUCAGCAAAGCCUUUCACUAUAUCCACAAGUUUGUCAGCAAGGUGGCGUUGAAGCACAUCCCCCGGUGGCUCCUCUUCGGCGUGGUGGGUGCCUUGGUCGCCUGCAUCGGCAGCGCCGUCUUCCGCGCCGCCAACCUGCGUGGCGUCUGGGGCAUUGGCUUCCGCUCGCUGCAGGAGGCGCUCAACGAGAACUUCGACGUGGAUGCCGGACAUUUGUUGAUCUUCACGCUCGGCAAACUGGCGGCCUUCGCCUUGAGCGUAGCUUGCCGUUUCCCCGGCGACACCUUAGAACCAGUGUUGAUCUCGGGCGCCUUUCUGGGCGCGGCCAUGGGCCGCAUGUUGCCCAAGGAGAUUGCUGGAGAUUCAGACUCGGCAUGUGAGAUUUUUGGCAUGGUAGGCCUCUUCGCCAGUUGCUUCCGAUUUCCAUUGACACCAGUGGUUUUCGCCAUUGAACUCACUGGAACACGGACCUACAACUUAGUCUUGCCCACGGCGGUGAGUUGUUUCGCAGGACUCCAACUGUCCAACUAUUUGUUCGAACCCAUCCUGGAGCAGCUCCUACACCAGGACAACAUCGACCUGGAAGCCGUGGCUGAAUUGGCUGAGAUGGCUGAGGAGCAGCAGGCCGCUGAGAACUCCGACGACGAGCAGAACGGCGAAGAAAAUUCGCAGCACAGUCCGCCGCUCCCGCGGCGCGAGCGCGGGGACAGCGCUGACCGGAAGUCCGCAUUUAAGACAAUCAUUGGGAGACUGGAAGAGUCCAUGCUGGAUGUGUCCAGUCCAAGUUUUCCCGAGCGCCGGUCCCACAAUGAAUAUCGUACCUCUGGGAGCCGCAUCCGGCGAGACUCAGACAACUGGUCCAGAGGUUCAGACUUCCGGCACGGUAGGAGAUCUUCACGGCGUUCGCGGAUGAACUCAGACGCAACGAGUGGGAGUGCGGCGAGUGCGCUCAAAACGCCUGAGGAGAAAAUUGGGACUCCUCGCGCGCACACAUCUGGAGAUCAUCAAAAAGCAGAGCAGUUUGAAGCAGAGAGCAUCGAAGACGAGUUUGCGGGCAAAACGCAGCGGAUUUGA